AUGCCCGCUAUUACGAUACCUCUGGCUGGGCAAUCCCCAACGAUUCCUUGCCCAAAGCCAAAGAAGUACUCGACAAGGCCGGAUUCCCCCCCCCGCAAGGGCCCCAAGUGUUUUCUAUACUGGGAGCAGCUGAAAUUUCCAAUCCCCGAUGUCCACUACCACACGGAACUCAGAUACGACAAAAUCCCCCCAGAAGGUACACUCUCACUCCAAGGGGGCUCAUUGGGCCGUGAACCAGGCGGCAUUUAUCUCUACAAGAUGUCUCGCAUCUUUCUUCCCAGGUUCUUCCCAGAUCCGCCAAUUGGAGCACCGCCUCGAAACGACAGUUACUAUACCCUCGCCAAUAGGGCCGGGGAAUCCAGUUACCCGGUUAAAAAAGUCAUCGCUGCGCGAUAUGUUGAGGCCAUAGUCCUCCUCAGCCUCCGCGACCUUCGCUGA